AUGGUUGGCGAACCAGAGCCAAAGAGGCAGCGCAUUGAAGAGCUCCGGUCCAAAGAGCAUCUGCCAGACGGCAUCACAGAGACCGACGCAGAGCUUAAACACCACUGGUUUGUAGGAAGUAUCGACCAAGGCACGACCUCAAGUCGUUUUCUCAUCUUCAAUGGCGCUGGCGACCCUGUUGCGAGCCAUCAAAUAGAAUUUGAAAAUCUGUAUCCGGAAUCUGGGUGGCACGAACAUGAUCCUCACGAAUUGCUCAAAUCUGUCGAGGAGUGCAUCAAGGGUGCGGUAGACAAGUUUACAGAGUCGGGUUACAAGCUGUCUCAAAUCAAAUCCGUGGGCAUCACGAACCAGCGCGAAACCACAGUGGUCUGGGACAAGAACACUGGCGAACCUCUGCACCAUGCCGUCGUCUGGCCCGAUACCCGUACGACGAGUUUGGUGCGGGAGCUCCGGAACAAGGAGGGCGCCGACAAGCUACUGGAUCUCUGCGGUCUACCCUUAUCGACCUACCCGUCCAGCGUCAAGCUCCUAUGGCUCCUUGAAAAUGUAGAUGCGGUAAAGGAGGCCUAUGAAGACGGCCGGCUAGCAUUUGGAACCGUGGAUUCUUGGCUCAUCUACAAGCUGAAUGGCGGCGCCGAAAGGGAAGGCGGAGGCAUCCAUGUCACGGAUGCCACGAAUGCCAGCCGGACCAUGUUUAUGAAUCUCCGGACCCUAAAGUACGACGACCAACUCCUCGACUUCUUUGGUAUCGACAAGUCCAAAAUAGCCCUUCCCCAGAUUGUCCCUUCCUCGGACGCCGAGGCCUUUGGCAAGUUUGUUUCGGGCCCUCUCCAAGGCGUUCCUAUCGCUGGCUGCCUCGGGGACCAGUCAUCAGCGCUCGUCGGCCAAUGUGGUUUCCAGCCCGGCCAAGCCAAGAACACAUAUGGUACCGGUUGCUUCCUCCUUUACAAUGUCGGAACGGAGCCCGUAAUUUCCAAGUCUGGUCUCUUAGCCACCGUCGCGUAUGAUUUUGGCAGGGGAAGAAAGCCCGUUUAUGCCCUCGAGGGCAGCAUCGCCGUUGCCGGCGCAGGCGUAAAAUUUCUCUCCACAAACCUAGGUUUCGCUGAAGACGCCGUCCAGGCCGCCGAACUAGCGGAAACGGUAGAGAACAACGGAGGCGUCUUUUUUGUUACCGCCUUCAGCGGUCUCUUUGCGCCCUAUUGGAUCGAUGAUGCCAAGGGCACCCUGUUUGGUCUUACCCAGCACACCCAGAAGGGCCACAUAGCCCGCGCUACCCUCGAGGCUACAUGCUACCAGACCAAGGCAAUUCUCGAUGCCAUGGCCCUCGACUCGGGACACGCCCUCGAAUCCCUCUCUGUCGACGGUGGCCUUUCCAACUCUGACCUCUGCAUGCAAACCCAAGCCGAUGUCAGCGGUAUUCCCGUCGUCCGCCCCGCCAUGCGUGAAACCACCGCCCUCGGCGCUGCCAUUGCCGCUGGCUUAGCCACUGGCGUUUGGAACGAGCUUGAGGACCUGGGCGACCGACUGUACGCCAAGUGGCAGCAAGCCGUUGAGAUGAGCCGAGGAUGGGUCAAUGUCGAUGAGGAGUAA